CGUCGCUGAUCGCGCGGUUCACUCCGUCUCUUUUCGUUUGAACUUGAUCCAGCACUCUUGCGCUUCUUGCCAGAUCCUGCGAACAGGGCGCUUAGACACAUAGCGAGGGGUCGCAAGGAUCCUCCUACGGCAUGUUACUCAGAGGUUGCUGUGACCCCGCAGAUGGCAGAACAACCUACAAAGCACCAAUCUAUCAAUACUUGUGUUUCUCCAGCUUCUGGAUGGUAUGAGACGGGCCAGACAGAAGAGAAUGCAGUCGCAAAAGCGUCGAGACCAAUCGCGUGGCACGGCGACUCGGUGGUCGCAAGGAGGAGGGUUUGCGCCCGACUUGGGGAUUCAAUCAAGGUGUGCAGGGCGCUUGGUGGGAGAUGGCAGAAUGGGGCGCGAUAACACCCAGGCUCCGCGCACAAGUUCUAAGCACAGUAUCUCACGCGCAGGAUGGGAAGAGGCUGCCAUGUGCCCAUGUGCGGAAACAUGGCGCAGGCCAACAUGGGCGCACCGCAGCGCGGUUGUCUUCGCUCGGCCAUGGCGAGCUAGAGCAACGAGGGAUUCCAGGAAAUACAGCACCUUCGCAAUGCGCCGACCAAUCGUGCGGAGCCAUGUCUGGUGGGUGGGUGGGAGUCGUGAUUCGCAGGCACGGAUUGGUGGCGGUCGCAGGCCAUGUGACGUCUGCUCAGUUUGGGCUGACGGUGCGCCCGGAUGAACUGGCUUCAAAACACCAGCUUGCCGUCGUGCGCAGGGCGCUGGGCCGGCGCAUGCUGUUAUAUACAUUUUGCGCUGCCUCUGCCG